UCUGUAAGACAAUUUGAUUGAAAAUCAGGAAUAAACUAGCCUGAGUUGUUUUUGUUUCCCUUUUCAAACUCACAGCCUUUUCCGCAUUACCACAAAGGGAAAAGAAGAAAGGGAGGGAGCAAAUGUUCAAUUCCUACCAGCUGCAGUUAUUUGGGAACAGGACUGUGGAGGUGGCGAGCCCGUAUGCGCUCCUCUCUCUCAGUUCAAAUACUAAUUGCUCUUUUUCACUUUGCUUACUCCUCUAGAAAAACUCUAGUUUGAAAAGGAAAAGAAAAAAGAGAAAGAAAAGAAAAAGGACAAGAAAAGAGAAAGAAAAGAAAAAGGAAAAGAAAGAAAAGGAAAAGAAAGAAACAGAAAAGAAAAGAAAAACCUCUUAAUUCCAUAAGUCCUCUUGUGAUGGAGUUCUCUCUGGAACCAUUUCUCAGGCUCCCCCAUGAUGCCCAGCACAGCGGGACACGCAGGGCGUUUGGACUCAGGUGGGCCGGUUUUGCUGCUUGGAAUCUGCGUAACAAAGCUCUCAAUCCCAUUGGUUUAAAGCUCUGAGGAGACCCGCAGAUCUGAGUACUGAGGAUUCGGUGCGGGUCCUCAGCAGAUGGGUGUCGGCAUCAUCUCCUAGCCAGCAGGAUGGAUACCAUGCCCUUAAAUUCCCAGAAGGAACUGUCAGCCUGUAAGGAUAAAGAAGACUGUCAGGAAAAUGGAGUUCUGCAGAAGGGUGUUGAGGAUAAGGUGGAGUCUGGCCAAAUCUCCAAUGGGUACUCAGCAGUCCCGAGCCCUGGGGCAGGAGAUGACACUCAGCACUCCGUUCCAGCUGCCACCACCGCCCUAGUGGCUGAGGCUCAUCAAGGGGAACGGGAGACCUGGGGCAAGAAGGUGGAUUUCCUCCUCUCGGUCAUUGGCUACGCUGUGGACCUGGGCAACGUCUGGCGCUUUCCCUACAUAUGUUACCAGAAUGGAGGGGGGGCAUUCCUCCUACCCUACACCAUCAUGGCUGUUUUUGGGGGUAUCCCACUCUUCUACAUGGAGCUCGCGCUGGGCCAGUACCACCGAAACGGAUGCAUUUCAAUAUGGAGGAAAAUCUGCCCAAUUUUCAAAGGGAUCGGGUAUGCCAUCUGCAUCAUUGCCUUUUACAUCGCCUCCUACUACAACACCAUCAUGGCCUGGGCGCUCUACUACCUCAUCUCCUCCUUCACGGACCAGCUGCCCUGGACCAGCUGCAAGAACGCAUGGAACACCGGCAACUGCACCAACUACUUCUCCGAGGACAACAUCACAUGGACGCUCCACUCAACGUCCCCUGCGGAAGAAUUUUACACGCGCCACAUCCUGCAGGUCCACCGGUCCAAGGGGCUUCAGGACCUGGGGGGCAUCAGCUGGCAGCUCACCCUCUGCAUCAUGCUGAUCUUCACCGUGAUCUACUUCAGCAUCUGGAAAGGCGUCAAAACAUCUGGCAAGGUCGUGUGGGUGACAGCCACCUUCCCUUACAUCAUCCUUUCGGUCCUGCUGGUAAGGGGGGCCACCCUCCCCGGAGCCUGGAGGGGUAUUCUCUUCUACUUGAAACCCAACUGGCAGAAACUCCUGGAGACAGGGGUGUGGGUGGAUGCUGCCGCACAGAUCUUCUUCUCUCUUGGUCCCGGCUUUGGGGUCUUACUGGCUUUCGCUAGCUACAACAAGUUCAACAACAACUGUUACCAAGACGCCCUGGUGACCAGUGUGGUGAACUGCAUGACGAGCUUCAUCUCCGGAUUUGUCAUCUUCACGGUGCUCGGGUAUAUGGCAGAGAUGAGGAACGAAGAGGUGUCUGAAGUGGCUAAAGAUGCAGGCCCCAGCCUCCUCUUCAUCACAUAUGCAGAAGCCAUAGCCAACAUGCCCGCGUCCACAUUCUUUGCCAUCAUCUUCUUCCUGAUGCUGAUCACACUGGGCCUGGACAGCACCUUUGCAGGCUUGGAGGGGGUGAUCACAGCUGUCAUAGACGAGUUUCCACACAUCUGGUCUGGACGCCGAGAGUGGUUUGUGCUUGGUGUGGUCGUCACCUGCUUCUUCGGAUCCCUGGUCACCCUGACUUUUGGAGGGGCAUACGUGGUGAAGCUGCUGGAAGAAUAUGCCACAGGCCCCGCCGUGCUCACCGUUGUACUGAUAGAAGCAGUUGCUGUGUAUUGGUUUUAUGGCAUCACUCAGUUCUGCAGUGAUGUGAAAGAAAUGCUUGGCUUCAGCCCCGGAUGGUUUUGGAAGAUCUGCUGGGUAGCCAUCAGCCCUCUGUUUCUCCUGUUCAUCAUUUGCAGUUUUUUGAUGAGUCCACCACAGCUACGACUUUUCCAAUAUAAUUAUCCUCAGUGGAGUAUCAUCCUGGGUUACUGCAUAGGAACCUCGUCUUUCAUCUGCAUCCCCACAUACAUAACGUAUCGGCUGAUCAUCACUCCAGGGACCUUUAAAGAGCGUAUUAUUAAAGGUAUCACUCCCGAAACACCAACAGAAAUUCCCUAUGGGGACAUCCACUUGAAUGCCAUAUAAAACACUUCGACGAGAGGAACAUGGCUUCCCAACAACCUCUCCUCUGGUUCUGAUGAGUCACGCGCGCCUUCUCCCCUCUGAGUGAAUGAGUUUCCAGCUAAGCCUGACAAUGCAAGGGCCUUCUUCAUGGAGGACAGUCCCAAAGACUAUGGUGCCUAGACUCUAAUGGCCUCCAACCACUCCUUUCUAUGAAAUCUCCUGGACAUAUCAUCAUGUUAGCUCUGUGACGCAGCUGAACUGCACAAUUUUGGAUGUGCAAGGGGGUGUAUGAAAGUGAUGAAAACCACCGUCUAAUCAGUUGGAAUUAGGUUUAGAAUCAAGUUUGUAAAAGUCUCAUGUAA